AUGACAAACCAUCUUGAUCUAAUACAAUCAAAUCCUUUGCAAUUGAAUUUGGACGUGGACAGCUACAAGAUUAUCGAUAAUUGGGGAACACAUGUGACAUUUUGCAUUCAUGGUGUCAGUGAUUUUGGUUAUAGAGUACAGAAAGUUUAUAUUUGGCAAAAAAAUUUGCCUCUCGAUACUCUCAUAUCUAUUCGACUUAGAGAUGAUGUACGAAAAUGGAAUAUCGAAUAUGAACCAUGUUCUUCGGGUGGUAAUGAUGAAAUUGAUGAAUCACCAUUAGCUACUUUUCAUAUUCGAAUUAGACCGAAUAGAAAAUGUUUUAUCUUUUCUAUGACACGUGCACCAACUAUAUCAGAUCGAUACGGAGGCGUCAGUACAAUGAAGAAAACCAGCAAAGAUUCAUAUCAUCGAUAUAUUAUUGAUCCAGCUAAUCGUCAGAGUGCUAACCAACAACGAAUCAAAGAAAUUCGUAUUGCACCAGUCUACUAUUUACUGGCAAAAUCCUCGUGUGAUUGUGGACAAGCUAAUAUUGGUGGAUGUCAAGAAAAUCAAGAAACUUUCCUAGAAGGUACAAUUCGAGAUCCAGUUGAACCCAAUCGAAUUAAAUUGGCUUAUGUUCAUAAUAAAGUCCUUCGAUCACCUAAAAUGAUACAUUACAAUCGAUAUCUACGUCGAACAUAUUACUAUAUAGAUGUAAUAGAUGAGAAUGGAGAAAUCAUUCGAUAUCUCUUCUGUGCAGAAUAUCCAUACAUUAUGUCAAUUCUUGAUCAACUCUAUCAAAUGGGUCAGAUUAGUCGAGCACAAAAACGUGAUGAAUAUGUACGUUUCUGUAAUAUACUUCAACGAUUGAUCGAACUUGAUCCAUGGCCUGAAUCAAUUCGAUUGAUUCAAUUUGACGAUGAUCAAUAUCGAUCGACGAAUGAAUUUAAUAAUUGUCUAUCAAACGCAAUGGGUUAUGCUGAUGUCAAAUCAUUUUGGUUACAAAUUACGGAAGAUAUCGAUGAAUAUUAUGAACCAUCACCGACAACAGCAGCUUCUAUUGAUAUCAACACAAAGAUAAUUCCUAAUGAACAAAACAAAUGUAUAGCCUUGUUUUUUACUGAAAGAGCACAAGAAGAUCCAUCGAUUAGAACUUUGAUCAUAGAUCUGAAAGAAAAAUUACAACAACAGAAUUAUAUCGUCGAGUCGGCCAAUACUCAUCAAAAGAUUGAACAGAGUAUUUUCAUUUGUACAGGUCGACAAAACGAUGAAGACAAUCGUCAAAUGAUGCGUAUUGCACAACAUAAUAUCAUACAACGUGAUACUAUGCGUGAUGUUUUCAUUCUUGUUAAUGAAGCUAUUGAACAGUUUCCAUGUCAAUUCAUUCGUUCGGUUCCUUAUCUAACCGUAGAUCUUCAUCAUCGAACACCACAAUGGAAUGAGAAUGAAAUUCAUGAAGUAAUUAGUUAUCUCAAUAAGAUGAAUGUACUAUCGAAAGAUUAUACUGAUCCAUCUGAAUAUCGAAUUGAAUUAUUCGAUCAAGAAUUAUCUAUCCAAUGUACUAGUGUCGGAUUAGGUUGUGCUGCAGCUUUCUAUUUUAACUAUGCUAAAUUGAUUACUUCGACAAAUGAUCAUCAAUAUCGAUUGGAUAUUAUCGAAAUGGAAUUGAACAAGGAACAUAAUCAGAAUCGAAUGACUUUCAUUCGAAAAUGGGUUUUUAUUCUUCCGUGGACUAUUGAAAAUUCUACACAGUUGAUUCCAAGUAUUCUCAAAUUGACAGAAGAAGAACAAAGAAUGAUUGGAUUCAAAUUGACUGCAUGGAAACCGAUCGAUACGAAUUUCUCUCAUCUACAAUUGACAAUAACUGUCGGUGGUGUCUUUCAACGUUCGUAUAGUACAUUAAUGAUUUAUCAGUUGACAUGUUUGGCUGAUGGCAAAACUAUUUAUUUUCCCAUGGAAAUACCAGCUGCUUUGAAUGGUCUACAAAAUCAAUAUCAAUGCAUACUGUCACAUUUCAAUUUUGGAUGUUUUGAUCCAGUAGAACAAGCUCGAAUCUUUCGAGAACAAGUUUUCGGUUAUCAGUUGAGAGAUUUUCAAGCCAAAUGGCAUAAGCAUAUUAUUUUGAUUCCCUUGAAUGAAUUUACUGAGAAUCAUGUCAGAACAGCUAAAAUAUUACUUCCAACUCUUUGGACUCAACUGACUUUACCAAUUGCACACGAUAGCACGCAGUAG